GUGAAGACUUUGUGCCAGGAGCUGCUCAUCCAGGUGUGUGACCUGCUCCGACUGAAGGACUGUCACCUGUUUGGACUCAGUGUAAUUCAGAGUAAGAAUGGUUUACCGUUGUCGCUGUGUGUGUGUGUGCGUGUCUGUCUGUGUGUCCAUCAUCCAUGGCUAUGUGUGACAUCUCUCGCCUCACUGUAACGUCUGUCUGUCUACCAUCUCAGUCCCUAUCUCAGCCUGACUGACUGGGGCCCAUUGUCUCUGUGGUUAAAGUAGCCACUUACUGUGUGUCAUAUCAAAGGCAUAAGCCUUCCUCUGUACAGAAAGGUCCCAAUGAGUUACGCCUCAAUUCUCCAGAGGUAUGCAAUCGUGUACUUCAUCCUGCACAUUUAAAAGCAUUGGAUUUGUGUGUAUACAUGGGUUAGAGGGAGUUUCCACCACAGGCGCCGGUGGAAACUUAAUUGGGGAAGACGGGCUCUUAGUAAUAGCUGAAAUUGAAUAAAUGGAAUGGUAUCGAACACAUCAAACACACGGUUUCCAUGUGUUUCAUGCCAUGCCAUGCCAUUCACUCUAUUCCAACCAUUAUUAUGAGCCGCCAUCCCCUCAGCAGCCUCCUGUGGUUUCCAUAUGUCUCAUACCAGUCCUUUCCUUAUAAAUCAAUUAAGGGAAGUGAACAAGUGCACACUUGGGACAGAAGGAUGGAUAAUUAGAACAGAUAAUUAGACUCUCCUAGGCAGCCUUUGAGCAACCAUUAUGUCAGACAGCCAUUCUACUGACUGGGCUGAACCAGUCCCUCUGGUGCGCGCUCUCUCUCUCUCGUUCUUUUUCUCUUGAUCACUCUCUCUCUGUCUCUCUGUCAUCUUAAUCUUCUCUGUUAGUCAUGCGUGUUAUGAGCUGAGAGUUUCCCUGCUGAACCAGCAGGUUUGGCUCUUCUAUAAAAGCCCUUGGAGUGGAAAAGUCAAGGAUCAGAAAAGACUCUAAGUCCUGCAGAACAGAUGAUUAACUAGACAUUUCACCAGGCAGACUGACUGUAGAGUGAGAGAGAGACAAAAAGGAGUGAUGAUGACUGGUAAAUCAGAGCUUAUCUAGCCAACUGGUCUGCUCCCUAGUUGUGCUGGAGAGAGGUUGGGGUGGAGUGGGGUGACAGAGGCAUGGGGACAGAGUGAUGAUUGGUCAGUGCGAGGGACACAGAGGCUAAGGGGGUUGGAGCUGGGGCUGGGGGUGGAUGGUAGGGCUGGGGGUAGGGUUCGAGUGGGGGUGGAUAGUCACUGUUUGCCUUGUGAUUUCAUGCUGUUCAGACAAGCAGCUCAGGAAUGUCCCUAAGCCUCACUGGCUCCUGGUCAAUAGACCUGUCCUGCAGGGCAUGUGAUUGGCUCAUACUGAAGACCUGCAGGCAUGCCAUUGGCUCAGAGACCUGUCCUUUAGGCUUAGCAUUGGCUCAUUUCAUCUGGUGGCCAUCUGUCUGACCUGCACUGCUGCAACGUGCUUUCCUUUGCAGUUGCUUUCACACUGUAAAAAAAAUGACUCUUUGGAUCAACCUAAAAAAUUGCAUCAACUGGUUACAAGUAAAUGAGUUAGGUUUUCUUUAUUGAAAAAAAAACGACAUUUGUCGAAAAACAAAUACAUGAUUCAAUGCCAACUGUUAUAUUUGAUUAUUAACAACCCUAUAUUUGAAGUUGCAACCGACUUCUUUCAACACUCAACUUACUUUUCCCCUUUGAUUAAACCUAAUAAAUAACAUAAAUACAAACUAUAUAUAUAUUACACAACCCAUGUGUUCAUGUUGUACCAAAUACAUUGUUCACUUUGGAAUUACCUAUCCAAAUUUUCAAUUGGGUUACAAGCAGUUAAAUACAUUUCCUGUUAAUCAAGAUAUUAAGUUGGUUCCAUAACAUAAAAGAAUGACUACAAACACUUUCUUUACAUACAACUUUCACAUUAACUGGUUACAAUAUUGUCACUAAAUGGUGACCAUCUCAUCAAUGAAAACCUUUCCAGGCUGUUUAGUAUCACAUUACUAGUAUCACAUAUAUAAUUUAAGAUUCAGUGCUGGCAGUGAGCAUAUAAUCAUAAAAAAACAGAACACAUUACCUGAAAUGACAUUCACUGUCACGGGUGGCCAAAAAUAACAAACGGAAAGCCACGCCACAUAUAGGCCACGCCCCCAACUCUUUUGAUAGGCUGCCGCCACUACAUUGCACCUGCAGGUUAGCAUUUUUCAUCAUGAAUCUUGUUCUGGAGCAGGGCUCUCCAACUCUCUUCCUGGAGAGCUACCCUCUUGUAGGUUUUCGCUCCAACCCCAGUUGUAACUAACCUGAUUCAGCUUAUCAACCAGCUAAUUAUUAGAAUCAGGUGCGCUAAAUUAGGGUUGGAGCAAAAACCUACUGGACGGUAGCUCUCCAAGAACAGGGUUGGAGAGCUCUGUUCUGGAGGCAGCGCUGCAGAGGUCACUAGCUAGCACAGCCACAAAGUCAUGCACCGCUAUGCAAUGUGAAUGUGUAUGAGAUGUGUAAAACAAUUUAGCUUCCAUUCAAUAACAAAAAAUCACAUUGAUCUGUCAAAUUCGUCAUUUGAAUAUGUUGAACAAACCAAAGUGUAAUUUUGGAUCAUACCAAUCAGAAAAAAUACUUCAGAUGAACAACAGUGCAGUCCCACUUUUUACAGUUCAAUUGUCACCUGAUAUCUGUCUGUCAACCUGUAUGUCUGCUACACAGGAGUCAAUGUGUGACUCAUCGUGCUUUCAAGACCACUAGGAACUUGGGGAAAAAAACGAGGUCGUAUCAUGAUGUCAGUGAUCUUCAGGUCAGAAAGUCGGAGCUCUAGAAAGAGGCCCGAGUUGGAUGACCGUUCAAAAAUAAUUUUCCCAGUUCUCUUGAACGUUCGGAAGUCUGAGUUUUCCCAGUUCCAAAUUCCCAGUUGUUUUGAACGGGGCAUAAUUCCAUGCAUAUGACCACUCUGUUAUCAUAAAGUGACUUAGGUUAACCCAUAGAGUUAGAUAGAGGACUCUAGAUGGAUAAAACUCGAAUUGGCAUGGACAUUGCCAUUGAGGGCUUCCUCCAUUUUAAAGUAGUCAACUGGGUGGGACAUCCUAUGGGUUAAUGAAGGAUCACAUGAUUCCAUCAGGGUAAUCAGGAGGGAUCAGCCAAUGAAUUAUACUCGUGAUAAACACUAGGUGGCAGUAUGCACCCUUACAAUUUGUUUGCCAACUCAUAGAAGUAGUAGAAGAAGAAAAUUGACUACUUCAAAAUGGAGCUAGUCUCAAUGGCGCUGCCUGUGCGCUCACAGACACCAUAAUGGGACAUAUAUAAAGAUGAUAUCUCUAUCUAACCCUUCUGUGUGUCAUCAAAAGCAAUUUAGGUUAUCCCUGGGCCAUGUUCAAGAGCAUCAAAACCGUGAUGUAUCAUGCGUAAAUUGUGACUGACUGAUCUACAAAUAAUAUUGAGUAGUUGUUCAUGAUCCAAAGUGAUUUGUAGAUCAGUAAGUCUUGACUGGCCUUUAAAGUCGACUGCAAUGUCGAACGCGUCCCUGGGCUUGGUCGCGUUUCCCUACUCAGACGUUGCGUGCAUCAACCAAUGGUUGCGUGCCACGUGAUCGACUGUGCCGUCAGGCACCAGAUUGCUAGAACAUGUGGUUUGCCGAUACGUAAAAUAUCUAUCCAGGUGUUGUAAGAUCUGGCAUGCGUCCUCAGCAACACCUGGGCAGAGGAAUGCACCCAUUGUUUGACAUUGCAGUCGACUGCCAACUGACUGAUCUAAUAAAUUACCUUGCAUCAUACUCACUACUCAUUAUUAUUUGUAGAUUAGUCAGUCGCAAUUGACCCACAAUGCAUCACAUAUUGCAUCACAUAUUUAAUGCUCUCUAACACGGCCGCUUUCUGUAUGUGUCGUCAUAAAGCAACUCAGGUUAACCCUUUGUGUGUUUCCCCCUCCAGACAAUGAGCACAUCUACAUGGAGCUGGGCCAGAAGCUGUCCAAGUAUUGUCCCAAGGAGUGGAAGAGAGAGGCCAGCAAGGUGAGUCAAUCUGCAGCAGUGGUUCCCAACCAGGGGUACUAGGACCCCUGGGGGUACUUAGCCUAUCCACAGGGGGUACUUGAGAAGACUCAUGAGACCAUAGGCCUACUGGUCAAAUGCCCACUUCAGGGGUACUCCUGGCAGAGCAAAAAUCAGGUUGUGGUACAGUAACCAAAAAAGGUUGGGAACCACUGGUCUACAGUACAAGACAACAGUAGUAUCUCUCUAGAGACUUGGAAAAUGGCUUUUUAUUUAUUUAUUUAUUUAUUUAACCUUUUAUUUAACCAGGUAAGCCAGUUGAGAACAAGUUCUCAUUUACAACUGCGACCUGGCCAAGAUAAAGCAAAGCAGUGCAAUAAAAAACAACAACACAGAGUUACAUAUGGGGUAAACAAAACAUAAAGUCAAAAAUACAACAGAAAAUAUAUACACAGUGUGUGCAAAUGUAGCAAGUUAUGGAGGUAAGGCAAUAAAUAGGCCAUAGUGCAAAAUAAUUACAGUUAGUAUUAACACUGGAAUGAUAGAUGUGCAAGAGAUGAUGUACAAAUAGAGAUACUGGGGUGCAAAUGAGCAAAAUAAAUAACAAUAUGGAGAUGAGGUAGUGGGCUUGCAAGAUUACCCCUUUAGAAAAUAAAAAGGAAAAGCCGCACACUAAGGGCUCCGAUGCAAUAAUUGAUUUAACCAACGUUUCGAAAGCUAAGCUGUCUUCAUCAGGGUGUCAAGGUUUUCAAGAUUACCGCAACAGACAUAGUACAUCUUAAAUUCGAUGUGAGCAACUGCUUUUGAUUUCACUGUCAGGAUGGUAGUUUGAUAUUUUAUUGAUAGAAUGAAUACACUGUCUUGAUGGUUUGAUUUGCUCGAAAGUAUCCAAACAAUGUUUUUCAUUGGUAUCUUGUUGUUUUCAGGGCAUCGACCAGUUUGGGCCUCCCAUGAUUAUCCACUUCAGGGCUCAGUAUUACGUUGAGAAUGGGAGAUUAAUAAGGCAAGUAAUCUCACAGAGAUCCUAUAAAUUACUAUUAGCAAUAGUACUGUACUAUUUUAUUCUGAUAGAUGCUGAGACUACAGCACAAAUAGAAUGGAGACCUAGGCCGGGAUUCAAUCCAAGACUAUGUUGUAGCAGGCUUGUCAUUUAAAGGUCAUUUCCGAUUGAGCCGACAUCUGCAGCGUUUACCGUGAAUGCCAUCUCAUUUAAAAGGCACAUUGUCGACAGCUCUCUACGGAUUGAAUCCCAGCCCUAGUAUGCUGAGUUGUGUCUCUAAAGGUUGUUAUCAGUGACCAUUCAGCCAGGCACUACUACUACUGUCACCGAGUACUACCACUACUGUACUGUAGUAUAUAGAUAGUAGUACUAGUAUAAUGUCAUUAUGUUGACCCCACAGUGACUGUUCAGCCAGGUGUUACUGCUACUUUAGUACAGUACAAAGAUCUGUAACAUAAUAUUCUCUCUCCUCCCCUUUAGUGACCGCUCAGUUUGAUGGUUGUAGCCAUCAAUUGUCCCAUCACCCAUAUUAGCUAACUUAUUUCAUUUCAAACUUCACAUUUCUCUAGUAUAGGCUACUUAUCGUGAACGAUAUCAGCAAAAUGCCUGCGAUAAGUGAUCGGUAUGGUCGGUGUCGAUAAUUUUCGGAUUAUCGUCCCAGCUCUACCAGGUACUACUACUAUAUUAGCUAUGUAGAUCUACUAUGGCUAUAUGUGUCUGAAGGUUAUUCUCCUCUCUUCCACAUAGUGACCGCUCGGCCAGGUACUACUACUACUGGCACCUGAGGAAACAGGUGUUGCUGUCUCAGUGUAUCCAGAGAGAGGAAGCUUACUUUCUGCUGGCAGCCUUUGCCCUCCAAGCCGAUAUGGGCAACUUCAAACGCAACAAACACUUUGGGAAGUACUUUGAACCUGAGGCCUACUUCCCCCCAUGGGUGAGUAGAUCUAACCUUUUAACCCAGUGGUAUUCAAAGUCGGGGUCGCAACCCCGGGGGAACUGCAGUGGUGUUGUCAAAAGAAAAAGAUAAUUUGAAAAAUACAAUUUUAUUGAUUAAAUGUAUUUAUUGGUUUCUUUUCAUUUUGAUAUGAGAUGAAAAUGCAAAGAAUUGAAGGUUAUUUGUUGAUGUAAAAAUCGAAAUGUGCUGAUUUUAAGGUUGUGUCAUUAGAUUUGGGGUGCGGUGGGGCCGGAAAAAAUUGGGGUCCCUGCUGAAUAAGUUUGAAUAUCACUGUUCUUUUAUUUUACCCCCUUUUUCUCCCCAAUUUCGUGAUUACGAUCUUGUCUCAUCACUGCAACUCCCCAACGGGAUCGGGUGAGGCGAAGGUCGAGUCAUGCGUUCUCCGAAACAUGACCCGCCAAGCCACACUUCUUAACACCCGCUCACUUAACCUGGAAGCCAGCUGCACCAAUGUGUCGGAGGAAACACUGUUCAACUGACGACUGAAGUCAGCCUGCAGGCACCCAGCCCACCACAAGGAGUCGUAAGAGCGCGAUGAGCCAAGUAAAGCCCCACCGGCCAAACCUUCCCCUAACCCGGACGACGCUGGGCCAAUCGUGCUCCACCUUAUGGGACUCCCGGUCACGGCCGGUUAUGACACAGCCUGGGAAUGAAACCCAGGCUUUAGUGAUGCUGCAACACUGCGAUGCAGUGCCUUAGACUGCUGCGCCACUCGGGAGGCCGUUGAAUACCACUGUUCUAACCUAACUGGUACCACGUGGUUUCCCAGGCAGUAACAUGGAAGGGUUAGGGCCAAAGGGAAGGGGUAGGGAGCGAAUUGGGACCGGCUGAGUGUAGUCUAGCACACAGCCUAAAUGAAGGUCUAUAGUCUGUUUUGUUCAUCACUGUGCUCCAAAACUUUGAGAUGCUCCCUCAGUGGAGCAUGCCAGGAUAGCUGGAUCUAGGACACUAGUUUUAUUUUGGUCCCUGGAAGUGGCACACAGCAUGAUUGACUCUUUUGAGAAAGGAUCUGGAUGCGAUCCGGCAACUCCCCAUCUCAACUUGACCCCCCUCCCCUCUCCCGGACACAACGGUGCCCCACCCCUCUGUUUACCAACCACUUCCUGUGAUUAGCCUGUCGCCGUCCCAUCUCCAUUUUGAAGCCACAGGGACGGAAAUGGUUGUACAAUCACGAAUGGUACAUACACUGCAUUCGGAAAGUAUUCAGACCCCUUGACUUUUUCCACAUUUUGUUACGUUACAGCCUUAUUCUAAAAUGGAUUAAAAUAGUUUUUUUUCCCCUCAUCAAUCUACACACAAUACCCCAUAAUGACAAAGCAAAAACAAUAUAUCACAUUUACAUAAGUAUUGAGACCCUUUACUCAGUACUUUGUUGAAGCACCUUUGGCAGCGUUUACAGCCUCGAGUCUUCUUGGGUAUGAUGCUACAAGCUUGGCACACCUGUAUUUGGGGAGUUUCUCCCAUUCUUCUCUGCAGAUCCUCUCAAGCUCUGUCAGAUUGGAUGGGGAGUGUUGCUGCACAGCUAUUUUCAGGUCUCUCCAGAGAUGUUAGAUCGGGUUCAAGUCCGGGCUCUGGCAGGGCCACUCAAGGACAUUCAGAGACUUGUCCCGAAGCCACUCCUGCGUUGUCUUGGCUGUGUGCUUAGGGUCGUUGUCCUGUUGGAAGGUGAACCUUCGCCCCAGUCUGAGGUCCUGAGCGCUCUGGAGCAGGUUUUUAUCAAGAAUCUCUCUGUACUUUGCUCCGUUCACCUUUCCCUUGAUCCUGACUAGUCUCCCAGUCCCUGCCACUGAAAAACAUCCCCACAGCAUGAUUUUGCCACAACCAUGCUUCACUGUAGGGAUGGUGCCAGGUUUCCUCCAGACGUGACGCUUGGCAUUCAGGGCAAAGAGUUCAAUCUUUGUUUCAUCAGACCAGAGAAUCUUGUUUCUCAUGGUCUGAGAGUCUUUAGGUGCAUUGGCAAACUCCAAGUGGGCUGUCAUGUGUCUUUUACUGAGGAGUGGCUUCUGUCUGGCCACUACCAUAAAGGCCUGAUUGGUGGAGUGCUGCAGAGAUUGUUGUCCUUCUGGAAGGUUCUCCCAUCUCCACAGAGGAACUCUAGAGCUCUGUCAGAGUGAUCAUCAGGUUCUUGGUCACCUCCCUGACCAAGGCCCUUCUCCCCCGAUUGCUCAGUUUGGCCGGGUGGCCAGCUCUAGGAAGAGUCUUGGUGGUUCCAAACUUCUUUCAUUUAAGAAUGAUGGAGGCCACUAUUCUUGGGGACCUUCAAUGCUACAGAAAUGUUUUGGUAUCCUUCCCCAGAUCUGUGCCUCGACACAAUCCUGUCUCGGAGAUCUACGGACAAUUCCUUUGAGCUCCAUGCCUUGGUUUUUGCUCUGACAUGCACUGUUAACUGUGGCACCUCAUAUAGACAGGUGUGUGCCUUUCCAAAUCAUGUCCAAUCAAUUGAAUUUACCACAGGUGGACUCCAAUCAAGUUGUAGAAACAUCUCAAGGAUGAUCAAUGGAAACAGGAUGCACCUGAGCUCAAUUUCGAGUUUCAUAUCAAAGGGUCUAAUACAUUUGCAAAAAUGUAUAAAAACCUGUUUUUGCACUGUCAUUAUGGGGUAUAGUGUGUAGAUUGCUGAGGAUUUGUAUUUAUUUAAUCAAUUUUAGAAUAAGGCUGUAACGUAACAAAAUGUGGAAAAAGUCAAGGGGUCUGAAUACUUUCCGAAGGCACUCUUAGUUUGUUCUCUAACUGUUUCUAAAUGUAUGACUUGUUCAGGAGAAGCACCCCAAAUCCAGACCUGACACUGACUGUUUUUCUAGAGUCCAGUGGGAUUGGGGGCCCCUCCCUAAUUGCACCUUAUUUCCUAGAUAGGGCUCGGGUCAAAAGUGGUGCACUAUAUAGGGAAUAGGGUGGACCAUGCCUUUAGUGCCCAGCUGGAUGAUGCCUUUUGGGACGUAAUAUCAGUACGUGAGACAUCUGUCCUCCCCUGGGCGGGGGGCUUCAUCAACCUCCAUUAACCCCACUGGCAAGCCUUCCUUCCUGCCUUCUUCUGCCAUUGAGUUGAAAUUAGAACCAGCGGCCAGUAAUAACACUCCACUGAGACGUUUGUAAGAGAGAAUUCCAUUUCAGCCUUUAUGUCUCUGUUGCUCUCUUCCAGGUGAUAGCCAAGCGAGGCCGGGACUACAUACUGAGACACAUCCCCAACAUGCACAAAGACCAGUUUGCCCUCACUGCCUCUGAGGCUUAUCUCAAAUACAUCAAGGAGUGUUCCCAGCUGGAUGAUGUCACAGUCCACUACUACAAACUCUAUAAGGUCAGCGGUCAACCUGGACGACACACACACACACACACACACACACACACACACACACACACACACACACACACACACAAUAAACUUGCCAAAAAAACGUCUAUCUCUUCCACAGGACAAAAAGGAAGUGGAGGCUUCUCUGACCUUAGGACUGACCCUGCGUGGAAUCCAAAUAUUCCAGGUACGAUAGUAAGAUUGAAGUGGGUGUGAUGGCUUAAUGUGUCUUGGAAUACACAGUUCAUGUGUAUGGUUUAGAUGAUGAUUAAUAUAAUGUACUGUAUGUUUCUGUGUUUCUUUUAGAAUGUGGGGACAGUGAGACAGCUCCUGUAUGAUUUUCCCUGGAGCAACGUGGGCAAACUGGUAUUCGUGGUGAGUAGCAGCAUAGAGAUAAUACAUACUGAAUAAUAUGAGUCAUGAAAGUCGUGACUUGAGUCCGAUUCGAGUACAAGUCCUGGACUCAAGCCCUACAACACUGAUAUAUAGUGCUUUAAUUUUAUUUAUAUGAGUAGAGCAUCUUCUCCAGUACAUCCCUCAUUCUUUGUUUCCCUCGUUCAUAAAUGUCAGAAGUCGGAUGUCCUUUGGCACUUAGAAGGCUCAGGGGAAUCCCUCUCUCUGGAAGAUCUGUUUUUUUUUUCACUCAUGAUUCCAGCGGUGGUGACACUUUGAAGCUUGGAGCCAGUCCUGGCUUAUGGCAGUGGUUAGUUCAGCUCUUGCGCAGGCUACAGUUGUGGAAAUAGUGACUCAGCGCUCCUCUUCUCUGUAUUACUGUUGGGUCUUCUCACCCCUGCUACAGCUACAACUAGGAUGUGUCCCAAAUGGCACCCUAUACCCUAUAUAGUGCACUACAAAGGUUAUAUGGUGCCAUUUGGGAUGCAGCCAUGACCCUCUGGAACUAAUCAGGGCUUUAGGAAGACUCUCCCGUUGGCCAGGAAACACACACUCACACACACACAUACAUGCACAUACAUCCACGCACACCCACAUAAUAGCAUUAUCUCAAUUGCUUGCCUGUCUCGUUGAGUCUUUUCUCUCUUUUCUCCAUUUAGUUCUUAACAGACCAGAUUUAUGUGUUUAUUUUCCCUUGAAGAAAGCUAGUUAGUCUUCCUAUCUUUAUUUGUCUGUCCUAAAGCUGAGCAGUAAGCAUGGCACGACAGUCAGCUAAUUCACUUCACUACCAUAGGGUCUCUGUUAUCAGAGAGAGCAGCUUACCAUGUCUCCAUUUCUCAGUCUUAAGCAGAACACACACCACAACGAGGAACUGAUGGCCGAGUGCAACUGAGUGCCUCUGAUCAGAAUAUUGGCCAACAUUUUUCAACUAUUCUACAUGUUGACUCGCCACAAACAACCACUGCUCAUUGACACCAAGCUGCUGCUUUUACCGUGGCGACAUGUAGCCUAGUGGUUAGAGCGUUGGGCCAGUAAUCAGAAGGUUGCUAGUUCGAAUGCAAAGUGCAAAGUUUGUCAAAGUGCCCUUGAGCAAGGCACUUAAUCCUAAUUGCUCCAAGGUCAUCGUUGAUAAUGGCAGACCCUGGCCGUGACACCAGUCUCAGGGGGAGUUGGGAUAUGCAAAAACACAUUUCCAAUACACACUUGUACAUGUGUGAAAUAGGACAAAUAUAAGCACACACCAAAUUAUUAUAUUUUAACCGUUCAUCGAUUCAGUAUGUCCAAAAUGUAACAGCUUCCUUCUUACAACUAUCACACCGUAAAUGUCUCAGUGAAUUGGUUCCUCUAGUAUAGCUCUGUGUAAUGACGACUUAUACCCUAUAAUUUCAUCUAGUGGUACAGUCAUCAAUGCCACCGCAAUGCCGUGCCACUUACGAUAAGAGAUCCUGUUUUGUUCUGUGUAUAUCCCUGUAUAGCAUUUCUAUUCAUAUAGUAAGACUGAAGAAAGCAUGGAGUAAUGGUGGAUGUGGUUUAUAUGGGGACUAGAGGGGCCUCUUACAGCGGGGACCGUCAGUCACACCCUUCUUCUGAAUAACAGACUCUCUCUCUCUCCGCUGCUGCUCCACCCUGAGCACGUCAGCCGGCCCGGCGCUGCAGUGAGCGGGAGAGGAAAGGAGGGAUCGGAGGGAAAGAGGGAGGGAACGGAGGGAGGGAGGGAGGGAGGGAGGGGAGGGAGCGGAGAGAGGGAGGGAGGGAGAGAGCGGAGAGAGGGAGGGAGGGAGCGGAGAGAGGGAUGGAGGGAGCGGAGAGAGGGAGGGAGGGAGCGGAGAGAGGAAGGGUGGAGGGACGUGUCAAUAAAUACCACCAGAUGUUGUGAUGGUUAGCGGGUGGAUAAGCUAUUCUUUAUUGGCAGUGUCUGAGUUUUGAUGGUUACUCUCCGAGUAGAGUAGGGCGGGACAGGCGCAGGCUAGGUCAGCACUUCGGGGGUAUGGCCCUACAGUCAUUAGCAGGGCAUCUCCUACUCCAUUGUGUGUGGGCUCAGACUGGGAGGUCCAGGGAGGUCCAGAAAGACAUUUAUUCUGACAACUGUCACACUCUGAGAGGUCAAAUGGUCCUGAUCGUGCAGCUGGACGGAAUGAGAGAGAGACUAACCAGACUAACCUUUUAGUAAACUGAUAUCUGACACCGCUCCACUCCACUUUGCCCGUCCCUCUUUGUGUGGCUUUGGUUUAGACCAGGGAUCUGUUGUAGUUAUUGAUCUCAAAUGAGCUGGUCAGAAUGAUAGAUCAAUGUCUUAGAGUAGGAAUGCUGAUUUAGGAUCAGUUUUGUCUUUAAUAAGAUCACAAUAAAUAAGAUUACUUGGACAGAGGGGAACUGAUCCUCGAUCAGCACUCCUACUCUCAUCUUUCCAUAGAAGUGUCAUAAUAGUUUGUAGGCCAAACUGUUCAGACGCUACAGCCGGUUUUGGGAUGUCUCGUGGUCUGACAAACUGCUCUAGCUCUGCCACCUUUCACAGGAUGCGGGGGGAUUGUCAGACCAUGAGGGAUUUUUGUAUUAUGCUAAUUUGAUUUCAGUGGGCGCGCAGAUCGACCUUAGGGGGUUAAUAAUAUCACAAUAAAUAAGAUUACUUGGACAGAGGGGAACUGAUCCUAGAUCAGUACUCUAAAACGUUUGAUACAUACGGCCCCAGAGUGUAUUUAUGUGGGAUCGUCAUCGUCCGUUUACUAUCCAGAAGGGGCUAUUUUAGCUUUUCCGUGCUUGAUUAUGCAACCACUGUCCUUUUAUGUGCUUCUACUUUCCCCUCUAUGGGUAGCACGACCUCUAUACCCUGAGUGUACAAAACAUUAGGAACACCUUCCUAAUAUUGAGUUGCGCCCCCUUUUGCCCUCAGAACAGCCUCAAUUCGUCAGGGCAUGGACUCUACAAGGUGUCGAAAGCGUUCAACAGGGAUGCUGGCCCAUGUUGACUUCAAUGCUUCCCACAGUUGUGUCAAGUUGGCUGGUAGUGGAUCUCUACUCCGAAUAGCUCGUUCCAUCUCAUCCCACAGAUGGUCAAUUGGAUUGUGAUCUGAUGGCUGGGCAGGCCACUGCAGUAAGCUGAAUUCACUGUCAUGUUCGUGGAACCAUCCCGGGACAAUCCUAGCCUUGUGGCAUGGGGCAUUAUCCAACUGAAAAACUAAAUUCACAGAUGGAUACACUACUGCCAUGAGGGGAUGCACCUGAUUGACAAUGAUGUUCAGAUAUCCUGUGGCAUUCAAACGUUGCUCCACUUUUAACAAGGGGCCCAAUGUGUGCCAUGAAAACACAUCCCACACCAUCACACCACCACCACCACCAGCUUGCAAUGUUGACACGUGGCGUGAUGGAUGCAUGUACUCAUGUGGUUUUCUCCAUACCCUAGUACUACCAUCAGUGUGAAACAGCAGGAACCGGCAUUCAUCAGACCAGUCAAUGUUUUUCCAAUUCUCCAGUGUCCAGUGUUUUCCACAGUUUCUUGAUUUUUGCUGAAAGAAGUGGAACUGUGUAAGGUUGUCGGCUGCCAUACCCCAUUCGUGUCAAGGUACGAUGAGUUGUGCAGUCUUUUAUGGGUAUUUGGGCACCAAUGUUGUACUGGACUGUCAGUUGACUAACUGUAGCCCAUUUGCCCAUUUGUCACCGGUGACGUGUUAGCCUCCUUUGUCUUCUUUCAUCAGUGACCUGUUUCCGACCACUGGCCUGCCGUUGGCUGGAUCUCCUUUGGGUGGUGGACCAUUCUUGAUACGCACGGGAAACUGUUGAGCAUGAGAAACCCAGCAGCUUGGCAAUUCUUGACACACUCAAACCGCUGCGCCUGGCACCUACUACCUUACCCCGUUCAAAGGCACUUAAAACAUUUGUCUUGCCCAUUCACCCUCUGAAUGACACAUACACAAUCCAUGUCUUAAUGGUCUCAAGACUUAAAAAUCCUUCUUUAACCUGCCUCCUCCCCUUCAUCUACACCGAUGAAAGUAGAUUUAACAGGUAGCUAAGUUGGUAGAGCAUGGCGCUUGCAACGCCAGGGUUGUGGGUUCGUUUCCCACGGGGGGACUUUAUGAAAAUGUAUGCUCUGGAUAAGAACGUCUGCUAAAUGACUAAAAAUGUUUUUUUUUAAAUGUAAAAAUGGAUCAUAGCUUUCCCCUGUUCAGUCUAUGUCAUGGAAAUAGCUGGUGUUCCUAAUGUUUAGUACACUCAGUGUAGCUGGAGAAUUCUGCAACCCUUGUGCUUUCGUACACUGCUUCAAACCACCUCUUGUAUUUUCAAAGUACAAACCCCAGCAGAAAUAUUUUAUAGGGUUGUAUAGAAAAUACACCUGCUGCUGCUACAGACAGCUGUUAUUGUGUUAAACUGGUGCCAAGGUCCUUAGAGAAAGUAUUUGCCCACCGUUUUAGUCUGGGUUUCUCAAAGCUCUCAGACUCUUUAGUUGUGCCAAAAUGGCACCCUAUUCACUAUAUAGUGCACUACUUUUGAACAGGGCCCAUAGGGCUCUAUGUAGUUGUGCACUAUGUAGGGAAUACAGUGCCAUUGGGACGUAGCCUUUGGAAUUUGCUCACUGGUAAUACAUAAGAAAAUGUUGAAAUGUUAAUGCGGUUUUGUUUGUGUCCCUCAAUCAGGAGAUUCCGUUCUUAUCUAUAUUAUGGUUGUAAGAAGUGCCACAGAAAUAGUUUUCAAGAAGAGACUGUUCUCUCAUUGCUCUCCCUCCUAUUGUGUGGUUUGCCUGUGGGCUAUGCAUCUGGCACUCUAGCAAAGUGUCUGAAUCAUCUUAUGCACACAAAUAUCCUAUAAUCAUAAAGUUAAACAUCAAUCAAUAAAUAAAGCAAUCAAUCAGUUAUAGAGUUAAAACGUCCACUGGAUGACAUGUAGAUAGCAUGAAUAUAUCCUAUAAUGAUUCUAACCUCUCUCUCUGUGUGUCUGUAUGUCUGUCUGUCUGUCUGUCUGUCUGUCUGUCCGUCCGUUUCAGGGGAAGAAGUUUGAGAUCCUGCCUGAUGGCCUUCCGUCGGCCCGUAAGCUGAUCUACUACACCGGUUGUCCCCUGCGGUCCCGCCACCUCCUACAGCUGCUCAGUAACAGCCACCGCCUCUACAUGAACCUGCAGCCUGUCCUCAAACAGGUCCGCAGGCUGGAGGAAAACGAAGGUAAACUACCUGGACACACCUGGUACUCACCUGCCUCGUCAUACGUGGUCAUAACCUGUACCUGGUACCUACCUACCUGGCCAUUCUUCACACUGGAGCAUUCUGGCUACCUACCUGGCCAUGCUUCCAUACUAGAGCAGACUGGCUCUUAUAUGCUGUCUCUCUGCUUCUCUUGUGUCUUUCAGCAUACCUCAACUUAGCCAAUUGUAAUGGUGUAUAUGUUAUGUGUGAGCCUCUCUGACUAACAACAGCUUUGCUACUGCUGUAUCUAACCCUCUGUGUGUGUCUAUCCCUCCUCUCCAGAGAAGAAGCAGUACCGUGAGUCGUACAUCAGCGAUGCGUUGGAGCUGGAUAUGGACGGGCUGGACAAGCGUUCCCGGGCCAGCGGCAGCAGUGCCGGCAGCACCGUGUCUCACCUCAAACACCUGUCACGCCACUCUACCGCCAGCCACGGCAGCUCACACACCUCGGGCAUCGAGACAGACAGCUUCCGGGCCCCCGGAGGGGCCCCACACCGAGCCCUAAGGACCUGCAGCUCCUCAACGACUAGCCAUGGGAGCUCACACACCUCGGGGGUGGAGAGUGGGGGCAAGGAGCGCAUGCUGGAUGAUGAUGGUAAGGCAAACAAUUGCACACACAGCAAGGGAUAUACACAUGGAACACAUACACACAUACACACACAUACACACACACACACACACACACACACACAGACACACAGACACACAGACACACAGAGAGCAAGACUGAAUCUACCUCCUCCCCCUUAAAGAAGUAUAUUCUUCUCUUGUGCAAUGUGGCAAGGCAUUGUUAUUCUGUUCAUCAUGCCUGCUCAGCUAGUGAUCAUCACUGACCCUCUGGGUGUCUGUCCCUCCAGAGAAUAAUAGUAGUGUCUGUCUGUCUGUCUCUUCAGAGAUUGAGAUGUUAGUGGACGACCCUAAAGACUAUGAGGAGCUCCAUGAGCUGGCCCUAGAGUUGAAUCAGGACCUGUGCAUCCACAUCACUGAGGACAUGCUGACCAUGUCCCCUGACCAGACCAACGGAUACUCAGGUAUACAACCACUUCCUCGCUGUAUUCGUUCUCCGUCUAAGGAUAGCCCCUAUCUCAGUGCGUUGAGACGGGUUGAACUGUAAUUUGGCUGGGCAGUCAUUGGAUGGAGUAGUAGUAGUAGUAGUAGUAGUAUUAGGAAGUAGUAGUAGUAGUAUUAGGAAGUAGUAGUAGUAGUAGUAGUAGUAGUAGUAGUAAGUAGUAGUAAGUAGAAGUAGUAGUAGUAAGAAGUAGUAGUAGUAAGAAGUAGUAGUAGUAAGAAGUAGUAGUAGUAAGAAGUAGUAGUAAUAAGUAGUAGUAGUAAGAAGUAGAAGUAGUAAUAAAUGUCAUCCUCUCUGUCUGUACCGUAGGGCUCAUAGUGAAGGAUGUCAGCUCGUCCACCUCCAGUUCCUCUGAGACCGUGGUCAAGAUGAGAGGCCAGAGCAUCGUGUCUCUCCCUCAGGUCAGUGACAGUGACGGCAUCUCCUGUUUGGUACUUACAUUUGAGUUAUUUAGCAGACACUCUUAUCCAGACCGUGACAGUACCCCCCCCUUGACGCGCGGCUCCAGCCGUGCGCCGACUCCGGCCUCGGGGACGCCCAGGAGGGCGCGGCGCCGGGCGCGUAGGAUGACCACGAUGGAAUUCGGUCAUCAGGGACGGAUCCAGAAUAUCCCUCCUCGGCACCCAGCACCGCUCCUCCGGACCGUACCCCUCCCACUCCACGAGAUAUUGGAGACCCCCCAUCCGGCGUCUGGAAUCCAGGAUGGUCCGAACAGUGUACGCCGGAGCCCCCUCGAUCUCCAACGGGGGCGGAGGAGUCUCCUCAAUCUCGAAGUCCUGGAGUGGACCAGCUACCACCGGCCUGAGGAGAGACACAUGGAAUGAGGGGUUAAUAUUCUGGUAAUCAAUAGGUAGUUCUAACCUGUAACACACCUCAUUCAAUCUCCUCAGGACUUUAAAAGGCCCCACAAACCGCCGACCCAGCUUCCGGCAGGGCAGGCGGAGGGGUAGGUUUCUGGUUGAGAGCCAGACUCGAUCUCCAGGUGCGUACACUGGCCCCUCACUGCGGCGUAGGUCGGCGCUCGUCUUUUGUCGACGUAUGGCACGCUGCAGAUGGACAUGAGCAGCGUUCCACGUCUCCUCCGAGCGCCCUACCCACUCAUCCACAGCGGGGGCCUCGAUCUGGCUCUCAUGCCACGGUGCCAGAACCGGCUGAUACCCUAAGACACACUGAAAAGGGGUUAGUCUAGUGGAGGAGUGGCGGAGAGAGUUCUGUGCCAUCUCGGCCCAGGGCACAUAUCUCGCCCACUCCUCCGGCCGGUCCUGACAAUAUGACCUCAGAAACCUACCCACAUCCUGGUUGACUCUUUCGACCUGCCCAUUGCUCUCCGGGUGGUAACCCGAGGUAAGGCUCACCGAGACCCCCAAACGUUCCAUAAAUGCUCUCCAGACUCUGGAGGUAAACUGGGGGCCUCGAUCAGACACUAUAUCCUCGGGUACCCCGUAAUGCCGGAAGACGUGAGUAAAUAGAGCCUCAGCGGUCUGUAGGGCAGUAGGAAGACCCGGCAUGGGAAGGAGACGACAGGCCUUAGAGAACCGAUCCACAACGACCAGGAUGGUGGUAUUCCCCUGAGAGGAGGGAAGAUCGGUAACAAAAUCCACCGAUAGAUGAGACCAGGGUCGCUGUGGAACGGGCAGGGGCUGUAAUUUACCCCUGGGCAAAUGUCUGGGUGCCUUACACUGGGCACAUAUUGAGCAGGAGGAGACAUAAACCCUCACAUCCCUGGCUAAUGUUGGCCACCAGUACUUCAUACUAAGGCAGUGCACCGUCCGGCCAAUACCCGGAUGUCCAGAGGAGGGCGACGUGUGAGCCCAAUAAAUCAACCGAUCCCGGACCUCGAGCGGGACGUACGUCCGACCCACCGGACACUGUGGAGGACUAGGGUCGGUACGUAACGCCCGCUCGAUCUCCGCAUCGACCUCCCACACCACCGGUGCCACCAGACACGACUCCGGUACUAUGGGAAUGGACUCCACGCACCUCUCCUCCGCGUCAUACCGGCGGGACAGAGCAUCUGCCUUCCCGUUCUGGGACCCAGGGAUGUAAGUGAUCUUAAACACAAACCGGGCGAGAAACAUAGUCCAUCGAGCCUGGCGAGGAUUUAGUCUCCUAGCGGCCCGAAUAUAUUCCAGGUUACGGUGAUCGGUCAGAAUAAGGAAAGGGUGCUGAGCCCCCUCAAGCCAAUGCCUCCACACCUUUAGGGCCUGGACUACGGCUAACAGCUCCCUGUCCCCUACGUCAUAAUUCCGCUCCGCCGGACUGAGCUUCUUAGAAUAAAAAGCACAGGGGCGGAGCUUAGGUGGUGUACCCGAGCGUUGAGAUAGAACGGCCCCAAUACCGGCCUCGGACGCGUCUACCUCAACUUGAAACGGUAAAGUGGGAUCCGGGUGCGCCAACACCGGAGCCGAGGUAAACAGGUCCUUCAGUCUCCCAAAAGCCCUGUCCGCCUCAGCCGACCACUGCAAGCGCACCGGACCCCCCUUCAGAAGAGACGUAAUGGGAGCUGCCACCUGUCCAAAACCCCGGAUAAACCUCCUCUCCAAAUUGCCCUGUGGCAGCCUCCUGCUGCCCAGCCGCCCAAGCCAUGUGCCCCCCCCAAAAAAUUUUUUGGGGUUGCCUCUCUUCCAUCCGACGAUGGCCCUGCUGACGCCGUUGCUCCUCUCUCGCCAGGGCCUUGAUCCUUCCCCAAGGUCCCUUGCCCCCGAGCAUGUCCUCCCAGGACCAGAUUUGCCCACCUGGGCCAUCGCCAGCCUCUCUAUCUCCUUACCCGGCGCUUCCUCCCAUGUCCAGUCUCCUUGCUCCUGGACACGCUGCUUGGUCCUUCUACGGUGGGUUUUUCUGUCACGAUCGUCUACGAAAUGAGUGGACCAAGGCGCAGCGUGCGAUACGAACAUGACUUUAUUAAAUUAAAGUACUCAAUACCAAAACAACAAACAAUGACGAUACGUGAAGUCCUCUGUAACACUGACAGAAACAAUGAGUGUAUUCAACUAAAGUAGAUAAAACAAUUAUGAUCAUUGAUUCCUUUACACGAUCAAGUAAAACCUUCAUAAAAAAUAUCCGCUCUCUGCGAAAUCAUUGCUAGAAAGAAUGAAGGAAAAGGUACAACAGAACAUCAGUUUUGACGUAGUUUGUUUAACUUAAUACAUUUGCUGAUUGUUUUGCUUCUGUUCCGUUCCCCAGACCUCCGUGUGCAGGAAGCCUCAGACGUCGACGGACCGCCACAGCCAAUCCCUUGAUGACGUGCGUCUCUACCAGAAGGGCUGCCUCCAGUGGGCGGAGCUAUGCCAGGACACCGCCCACAGCUACACCUUCGGCUGCGCCCAGGAGCUGAGCGACAGCAGCGGUUACCAGGGCAACCUGGCUGAGCAGUGCGCCGGUAUCCGCGGUGACCAGCUUGACGGCUUCCCAAUCAAGAGAACCAGCAAGUACUUUUCCCUGGACCUGACCAGCGAAGAGGUCCCAGAGUUCGUGGUGUGA